AUGGCUACUAAAUCACAAAAACUUCAAUCGUUCUCUCAAGACAAUGACAAGAUUUUAAUGCGGAUUAAGGAAUUAGAAGCAAAGUUUAAGUAAUUUGAUCAGCAAUCAGUACUGCCUGUUUUGAAAAAGACUCUAGCAGAUCAUGAGUCCUCUUACCAGGAUAUAAAUUUACUAAGAAAUAAUAAGCAUUUAUGUCCAGAGGAAAUACAACUAAAGAUGCAAAAUAAACUAGCGAUAUUGAUAAAUGAAAACAAGAAGAUAGACAAACAACUGUAGAUAAAUCAAACUGAACUAAGAAGGAAUAGAGAAAAAAUUGAAAGAGAUAAGAGGGCUCUGGAUGAUGUAAGGAAUUAAAAUGAACACAUGCGCAAAAAUCUUGAAUAGGAAAGGGAUUCGAAUCAAAGGUAUCAGCAAGAAAUUGAUAAGCUAGAGCAAUCAAUCAAUGAAAAAAAAUAAGGAUCAUAUAUGAUGUUUAAAAAGACCCUUGAAACACUGUAUAAUAGAUCUAAAGAAUAUGAAGUAAAAAUUUAAAUUAAUAUUUUUAGACUGAAUGCUAAAAGAAGGGAAGCCUAGCAAGAGGAGUCAAAGAUAUUAGUUAUUCAGGAGGAGAUUGAUAGCUAGCACUAAAUCUAUAAAGAAGUUCAUCAGAAAUAUAAAGAGUAAAUAGGACUUCAUUAGGACAACCUAACAGAUUAGAAAAAUUAUAAUAAAAGGAAAUUUGAAGAUAUGAGAUAAAAAGCUCGAGAGCUUAGUGAGCAUGAAGAGGACUUCAAACGUAGAUUUGUUUCAUAAUCAAGAUAAAACCAAAAGAAUAAAUAAAGAUCAGAACAAAUAGAAAAAGAAAUCAUGAGAACAAUGGAAAAGAAAAAUUAUCUUGAAAAGGAAAUUCAGGAGGUAAAUAAGUAAAAAGAAAACUAGAAACUCAUUAAAGAUAACCUACAUGAGGAGGUGACUUAGUUCAGAAAAGAAACUAACGAUAUGGAUGAUAGAAGAAAGAAUUUAUGCCUUAAUUUUCAGGAUCCCACUUUUACCAUUAUCAAAAAAUGA